GUACUAUAAUAAAAAUAAUUAAGGCCCAAACUUCUUUGAAAACUUUUUGAUAAGUUAGGCCCAAUCAUUAAAGCAAAUUGAGGAAAUAAAAAAAUAAAAAGCUGUUCGAGAGAAAGCCUCUCUCAACUCUCAAGUCUCAACUCCUAGUCAAGAUAAUUGAAGAUUUAAUUUGUUGAGAGGGUCAAAUGAUGAAUAUUUAUGUUUAUGGUUAUACCCAAUUUGCAAUGUUGAUAAUAUUAAGCAUGUCAUAGCUGUAAACUUGUAAUUUUGUGAAAUUUGAUCUGAUUUUUGUUUUUCCAUAAUAAAUAUUUUUUUUUUGCUGACUAACCCUUUGGAUGGUUUGAUUUCCGGUGCUUUAAUUCCAAAAUUGUCGUCUAUUUAGUUAUGAAAUGGCCAAGUAUUGCUUAGUAAGUAAGUAUAUCGAAAGAGAGCGACAUCGAUCGAUUUAUCAAUUAUCAUAGCUUGAGGAAUUUGUUAAUUGGUACCUUAGUUUAAAACAGUCCAUUUUAUUGAUCAAGUUGAUCAAUCAUCAUUUCCUUCUUUCCAAUAUGACAAUACACUGUUGAUUAAAUGCUACUAAUUAUUGCUUUUAAAGCAUAAAUUCGUUAAUUAUUAGUUUCACUCUUUUUGUCAAAUUUACAAGAACCAUUGAAAAACUCUUGUUAGACCAUUUUUUUUAGAAGUACAAGUGUACUACAUUUAUUUUCCUUGAAAUUGCAUAUAAACUGAAUUCCAAGGAAGAAUUAUAUUACGAAUCCUACGUAUAGUGUAAUUGACUAAUUGUACAAAGAGUUAUUUGAUAGUUUACUAGGACGGCUAUUGAGGGGAAGGAGGGAUUUCAUUCACCAUUGUGCUUUGAGUGUGGCCGCGUGUUAGUUUAAUUAUGUGGGACUUCUAAGAUUCAUCUUUGGGUACGUCGGUUGGUAUUGAAAAGGAUGGGUUCUUGGUAGCAUAGCAUAGCUCACAGCGUCUUUGUUUCAUAUUAUGACUGGGUGCUUAAGCUUCAGGUUUUUCAGUAACAGAUAGGGUAAUUUUCCCACAGUUGAAAUAACAGAAAUUUGAGUAACAUAGUUCCUAAGCAAUAGUUGCGUUGAUUUGAAAAUGAUUCCAAAUCCAAUAAACGGCAAAGGGCCUCUAUUUGAGAACUUUGAUGCACUGCUGCAUAUAAUACAUGGAUCGUUGGACUGGUAUCUUAAAGGUUCCUGUUUGCCCAAAGGGUACUGCAAUUUGUAGAAUAGCCGCGUCUCUAUGUGUUUCACCUUCAAAAUCACUUCUUGUGCCUACAGCGAAUGUUAUCUUCUUUAAUGGAGAUCGAGUUGGAGGGACUAACAACCCAGUGAUUGAGAGGCUAUCUGAUAUACAAAAUAUAGCUGACAUUCUUGUGUCAAAACUUGGAGCUUCUAUUAAUGCAUGGGUUAUUGAGGCCCCUACAUUCAAUGGCCCCUUUGCUAUAUACAAGGAAUUUAUUCAGUCUCUUAACCAACGGGGGGAGCCUCAAUACUAUAGGCCUGAUGGAUUUCCAGCCUCCAUAUCUGUUAUUGCACUUUUGUCAAAUUUCCUAGAAGAGAGGGCCAAGCACAUCAGUUGCAAAGAACAAGAACCCCAGCUCUAUGCAGAACAUGCAUCCUCGUGUCUUCCUAGAACCUUUGUUUUUGGUUUUAGCAAGGGCGGCGUAGUACUGAAUCAACUGAUUACGGAGCUUGGAUUUUCAGACAUAAAAGAUAUGGAGGACCCACAGAAGCUUACUAGCUUCAACAAAUUUGCAGGAAAACAGAUUGUACCAGUUUCUAGAGAGAGCUUAUUUGACAGCAUAACUGAAAUCCAUUAUGUUGAUGUUGGACUAAAUUCUUCUGGUGCUUAUCUCACUGAUGAUAACGUCAUUCAAAGAGUAGCAGAAAGGCUUACCAAGAGGGAUAAAACCAUGCGUUUUGUGCUUCACGGGACUCCGAGACAGUGGAGUGAUGUAAGGCGGCCUUGGAUACGGGAAGAAAAGGAUAAAUUUUGUCAAAUUCUCAAAUCCGAAGGGCUUAAGAGCAAGGGAAAGCUGGAAGUUUACGAGAUAAAUUAUUUUACUGAAUCAUUUCCUAACUUGCAGAUGCAUUUUGAAAUAAUUGAAAAACUAGUAGUAAGUUGGUAAAACGGAUAUUAUGUACGAAGUAUAUAUGCUGCAUUCAUGUCAUGCUUUUGAAAGUUAUGCUUCGUAUAUUACUACGUAUAAUUGUAUAUAUUAGCUAAUGACUGAGGACCUCUAUUGGUAUUCUUUUUUAUCAAUUGGAGUAUCAUAUUGACAAUUUA